UACUUUAAAAUAAACAUCCCAUUUCAAAAGAUGAGGUGUUUUCUUGUGUGGAUAUGGAGUACCUUGUGGCUAUUGUGUCUAAGUGCUGUGGAUGCUCAAAGGAUUCCACUUCGCAUGGGAUACAUAACUACCAUCACUGGCCCGUUUAUAGGUUCUGGAGGCAUACCAGCAGUUGAUUUGGCACUGAGAAUCAUAAACGAUAGAGAUGAUAUUCUACAAAACUAUACACUAAGCUAUACUGAUGUAUUGGAUUCAGUGUGUGACCAAACGACAUCACUUGAUCGAUUUUUUGAGCUGAUUAAUCGUAAUACUACGUAUGUAUCAUUAUUGGGAUGUGGAUGCUCCCCAGCUACUAUACCAGUGGCUGAAAUUAGUCAUUACUGGAACAUACCACAAUUAGCUGCAAUAGCUGCUGCUAGUGUUUUGAAUGACCGAAGCAGAUUUAGAAAUUUUUUCCGAACACUAGUCUCAUAUCGUUAUGUUGGUGCAUCAGUUGGAGUGCUAAUAAAGCAUUUCGGAUGGAAACAAAUGUCAAUCAUAACACAAGAUGAAAGUCUAUUCACAGGAGUGACAAAUAAUCUUUACCGUUACUUGAGUGAACAAGGAUUGAUAUUAGACAGAUACUAUGUUACUUCAGGAGAAAGUCCUUCUCCUUAUUUUGACCGGAAUGAAGCAGGAUACUAUAAAAUUAUUCACAUUAAUGCAUAUCAGGAUAUUGGUUACCAAGUAUUGUGUGAGGCAUAUCAAAGGGGAAUGACUGGUCCAGAUUAUGUGUGGAUGGUUCCAAUGUGGUAUAAUGAUAACUGGUGGAGGUCAAGUAGUUACUCGUCCGCUAAUUAUCCCUCCUGUACUGAUGAAGCUAUGCUUGAGGUUGUAAGUGGAAUAAUAGGCUGGGUUCCUUAUGGAUAUUCAACACUUCAAGACGAAUCAAUAGUUACUUUAUCUGGCCUGACUUCACGUAUGUACCUUGAUAAUUAUACUGCUAUACUUCAAGAGCCUGCUUAUGAAAAUAUAACACAGUUAGGGUUUUCCGGAGUUGUUUUUGAUGGAAUGUGGGCAAUAGCUAUUGGAUUAGACAUAGCAUCAAAGAAGAUAUUAUCUGGUAAUGACAGUGGGUGUGAGAAUGUACCAGGAGAUCUAGUACCAUUGGAACAAUUUAACUACACCAACACAAAACUAGGCUGUAUUUUUAAACAAAGUUUCAGUGAAGUUGACUUUCUUGGAAUAACAGGUCAAGUAAAAUUUAAUGAAAAUGGAGCUAGAAGUGAUAAUGUUAUAUUAUAUCAACAGUACAGAGUGUUAAAUGGUGCGCCAGCUAGAUAUUCUUUUGGCUAUGUAAGUUUUGAGACAGAAAGAAGCUUUUUUGCAUUUGAAACAGGAGAAUCAAGUAGUACUCUUUGGAGCGAUGGAGUGCCUCCUUAUGAUGGAUUUCCAGUAACUGGAAUCACAACUAAUAGUAUUGCACUAGUUGUUAUAUAUGAUGUUGUUGCUGGAAUUGGUAUAAUUUUUGCUAUUGUUUGCUUCACUUUCAAUGUCAUAUUCCGGAAAAAGAGAAUAGUAAAAUUAACCAGUCCUAAUUUGAAUCACAUCAUAAUAUUGGGCUCAGUGCUACUGUACAUAUGUGUCUUCUUUUAUUCUUUUUCGUCAACAAAUAAAACAAUACAAUCAACAUUCUGUAAUAUACGUGUGUGGUUGUUUUCUUUGGGUUAUGAUCUCUGCUUUGGUGUGAUAUUAUCAAAAACAUGGAGAAUAUAUUAUAUCUUUCACAAUCCAAAACCAAAGAAGAAAGGAGUGAAGGAUUGGGUACUUUUAUUCAUUGUAUUACUCAUUAUUUCUAUUGAUAUCAUUAUCAUUCUUGUUGGGUCUACAGUUCCACAAUCAAGACUGACCAGUUUUGAGGUAGCAGAAAGUGGAAAUUCUCAAGAAAUAAACGAUGAGGGCAAAGUACAAAACAAUUUCAUUUUGGUUUGCAAUACCAGAGUUGGAACUCUUAUUUGGCUAGGGCUUUCAUUUGGUUAUAAAGGUAUACUUCAGGUACUGGCCAUUUUCAUGGCAUUUCAUACUCGCCGUGUCAAAGUAAAAAUCCUCAAUGAAUCAAAGGAGACAGCUACAUUCAUUUACAUAAACAGUAUCAUACUUGUAUUACUGAUAGUGACUGAGUUUAUUCUUGCUACCCGUCACAAUACCUAUUCAGCACUAUUUGGAUUAGGAUUGAUUAUUGAAGCCUCACUGUUUCUUGGACUUAUCUUUAUCCCUAAGAUGGUGUAUUUGUAUCUUGAUCCUAAAGGAGAGAAAAUUUUUGCUCAAUCAGCAGCUACAUCUGGCUCCCAUGUUAAUGCCAUAGCUAAUAAUAGCACAAUUGACAAUUCAUCUGAAGAAACUAUUGCAAAUUUACAAAAGAGAGUAAAGGAAUUGAAGCAGAAAUUGAAAGAAUUGUCUUAAAAGUGUUAGACUAGAAAAUGGAAGAGAUUUUAGGUUGAACACACUCUAUUUAAUCAAAAUAUUGUUGGAAAAAAAUUAUUGUUAAAAUGUA